UCCAUAACCAUUCUAAACAUGAAUCGAGCGGGACGCGGUUUAAUGUAUUAAAUUACUUAUAAUUUCUAAAAACGUUUUAUAUAUUCAAAUCAUUUGUAAACUCCGAGAAGAUAAAAAGGAUAAAAAAGAACUUGAAAGAAAAAUAGAUUUUAAAAGAAACAUUGAAAGGUAUAAAGACAGCGUAUAACAAGUUGAAAGUAUUUAUUUGGUGAAGUUUUAUGAACUAUAAUGAACAUGGAGACUUACCUAAGACGCACAUACGCACAGAAAAAGUUGGUUGAACAAAAAGAUGACUUCCCGUUCUGGGAUUAUAGGUCCAGACGGGGUGCUUUUUCCAGCUCGAAUUCCAGCCUGGCAUCAAGCAAUUCAUCAUGUGACGGAAGCAGUAUUUCAUCAAUAAGUUCAAGGUCAGAUACCGCUGGUGAAAUUAUCAGUAUCUCAGAGCACUCUGACACAGAUUCUCUUUUGCCGCUAGAGCAGCAGAAAAUGACAAUUCAACUUCUCACAGACACACACGAGAUUUCAGCAAUGGAGGACGUGUACCAACCAAUCAUAAACUGGAUAGAUCCCGAUUUACAUGUUCUAAAAAUAACUGACAAAUCAGAAUCUUUAGACAACGCCUUUACGUCAUUAUCAGAUAUCAGUGCACAGAUUCCAAGUAUGGCGAUAAUGGUGUUUUUACAAGAAGACGGCAUGGUUGGUUUCGAAAGAAUUCAGACAAUGAAAAGAUAUUUUGAGAAAUCACCAUGGAAAUUUCAUCAUUCGGAGCAAGUGAAUCGUGGUGCAAUAAACCCAUAUCCCUACAAUAGUCAGGACUUCUAUUACACGUCGGAGGACCUUCCAUUGUGGGCUGUGCGACAAGUUCACACCGGAAAAGAGUUCUUCCGCACAGUAUUAUUUGUUAAAGAUACAAAUUGGCAAUCAAUGAUGCAGUUUUAUAAACUUAUUCUAGGCAGCGAACCGGAUGUUAAACGAGAAGACUUUUGUUUAUUCACCGUUUCAUCUUUUCAUAACUUUAACAUUCAGCUUGCUCUAAAGAAAUUACAAGUGGAUACAAAACCACGUGUAUUGGACAGUGUAAGACUUCAAUUUCUUGUCAAUGACAUAAGCAAUAUUGUUUCCCUUCUUCCAAACGUGUGUCGGCCAUUAUCCGAUACGCGCUGGGAAACAACGGACAAUGACGGAAACGUUAUUGUCUUGGAAACACCCAGAAUUCAAUGCAACAGUACGUUCAGUGACAAGUGUUCAUUGUCAGACAGAAGCUCUUUAUCUGGAAGAAGCUCUUUAGGAAGGCAAAGUUCUUUCAUUCAAAAUUCAAACGAAGCAUUAGUAGUAAAUGACCACGCUAGAAGAAGGACAGAUUCUAGGAGGAAAUGUCCCGAGCAAACUGAGAGAGCAAGGUCGUAUCUUGGCGACGAUAAAAUCUUACAAAAGAUUAAAAUGGACAACCUUUUAUUUAAAGAAAAUACAAUGAAAGCUAUUAAAGAGAAACAUAUUCAUUUGGAUGAAAAUCAUCUUGACAGUGGACAUAAAGAAAACAUUGUUGGAAAUAAGAACAAUAUGGUAGACAUUCCUAAACCUGAACCAAUGAAAAGUUUUUAUGUUUAAUGUCUCUCGCAGUAUUAUAAAACCUCCCAUAAAUAUUUACACAGACUUUGAAUGUUUAUUAUCUUGCCAUUUGUUUCAUUAUACUGUUGUUGACAACAGACUGUCGUACACACAUAUCCUUUUUCUUUCUUUAACCAUUUUUCAACUUGAUUGUUUCAUGGACAUUUGUAUUUCUGUUAAUAGUUUCUUUCGCAAUGUCUUUCCAGGGAUGUAGAUAUCUAUGUCUCUGGUCCUUCCUAUUUAAGUUUUGUAUCUUCAGCUUGGUUGUAAUGUAUUUGUUUAACACUUUACCCCUGUUACAUUAAUUUAUCAGAAUCUCGGAAAUGCCUGUUGACUUUAUCAGAAACAACUGUCUUAUGAAAUGUUCCGGCAAAUUAAAUCGUGGAUACUCUGCUUUUUUUAAUGUAUGAGAAAUAAGAAAGGCACAUAUGUUUGCAGCAAAUAUCUAUGGGGCUAGCGAUUUGAGUAACUUUAACAAUACAUGUUCAUUUUCCGUGCGAGCAUCUAGACAUUGUGGUCAGUAUUAAGUUUUAAAUAGAAACUAAUUUGUAUGCAUUGAUUUUAAAAUCACGUGCAUGGGUACACUAUUUGUAAAUUUUUAUUGAUAUUAGAAUAUGGUGCACGGGUUUAUCUCUUAUGAAAGCAUAUCUGUGAUAUAUCAGUCAAUGAUAUUUAAAUUGUGUUUGUACAUUGUAAAUGUGUAUGUUCAAUAAUGUUUAUAGUGCAAUAUGAGUAUAUAAAUGAUAAAACACUA